AUGGCGUUCCAUAUAAGAGCAAGAGACUUAUUUUACAAGAUGACAACUGAGUCCGACACCAGAGAUGGCUAUUUACGAGUAUUUAGUUUCUUGUGUGCUGCUGACUUUUGUCUGUUUUUCUCCUAUGUAUUGGGCCUAGACACGGCUAACGAGUACGGACGCGACCGAUUCUGGGAACUAAAAUUCCCUAAUAGAAGCCUUUUCAAUAUCAGUGAUGAUUCAAUCUGUGAAACUAAUACCUCGUCACAAAGGUACCAGGAAAGGAAAACUGUUCAGAAGUUAGUGUUAGAAUGGGAUGUGUACAUAUCAAUAGCCCAGGGAGUCCCGCUUAUUCUGUCCAAUAUGUUGUUUUCACCACUGAGCGAUUCCAUUGGAAGAAGGCCAUUUCUUUUCGCUGGAUCGCUUGGUAUUUGUGUUAAGCAACUUCGAAUGACCCUUGCUAUCUUUUUUCACUGGGAUAUUUAUCUUUUUAUUCCAUUUGCAUUGGUAGAAGGUUUCAGUGGAAGCUGGUUUGCUCAGCUUGCCAUUGCUAUGACGGUUGUUUCUGACCUAACCAAAGCAGGAAAGUCCAGAUCCUAUUUAAUCACUGUGUUCAGUUUUACAUUGUAUGUACAGUGUUGGAUUUUCUUUGGGAACAUUUAG